CUAAAUUACGACCGCAAAAAUUUCACAUUUUUAGCGACGCAAUCUCGGUGGCUUUUGUUUGUAUCCUUAAUUACCGUGAACACAGAAUAAAAAACAUAUUUCAGUGUCUGCUCAGAAAACAGGAAAUGGACUCCCAAUGGAGAGACAAAAGACUCUAUCCAAUUCUAGGAAUACUCAUGCUACUUUCUCUUCUUUACCUUAACUUCAACAACAGUAACGGCAGCCUCAGUUUUCCCGUCUUUUUAUGGCAACCCAAGAUGGGAUUUGUCUAAACCGACUCCACUCAAUUCAUCAUCAUCAAUGAUGGUGAUGAUUAUGGGGAAUCAGCAUUUUAUGUUAAUGGGUGGAAUUCAUAUUGGUUGAUGAUGGAGAGUGUGUGGAGUUCAUCAAGAUCAAAGGUUUCUGAGAUGCUUAAGAGAGGAUCUCAAAUGGGGUUGACUGUUUGCAGGACUUGGGCUUUCAGUGAUGGUCAUGGGCCUGAUGCUUUGCAGGUCUCUCCUGGUGUCUUCAACGAAAGGGUCUUCAAAGGAUUGGACUAUGUGAUAGUUGAAGCAAGAAGGAAUCGUAGAAGGUUAAUUCUCAGUCUGGUGAAUAACCUGGUUGCAUUUGGUGGAAAAACUCAGUAUGUGAAGUGGGCAAAGGAAGCUGGAGUUAAUGUCUCUUCAUCAGAUGACUCAUUCUUUUCGAACCCAGUUAUUAAAGAUUACUUCAAGGCUUAUUUAUAUUAAGUUGUGAAGAGAAAGAAUUCAUUAAGUGGAGUUAGGUACUCUGAAGAACCGGCAAUUUUCGCUUGGGAGCUCAUGAAUGAGCCUCGGUGUUCAUCAAGUUCUUCUGCUCCUGCACUUCAGGUGAACCAUUGAAUUUUCAUUCUUCUUCAUAUGUUGGCAUAGAAUUUCAAAAAUAAACUAAAGGAUUUGGCUGGAAUCUGGAGAGAAGGGUGAUGGUGCUGUUUGAUGGAAGCAUUCUGAGCCGAAGAGUAUCAUUUUCUCUAGUUCUCUAUGAUUGCGGGGGUGGUUUGUUCAUAUCUGUUAUUAACAAUACCAAAAGGAUAUGCGCUGUUGUUGUUUAAGCAAAUUUUCUGGUUUGCUUUUGAAUCAAAUGUGAUUGAGAUCAUUGUAGUGCUUUUCCUUUGGCUUAAGGCAUGGAUUGCUGAGAUGGCUGCAUAUAUCAAAAGCUUGGAUAAAAGACAUCUGGUGACUGUUGGACUUGAAGGGUUUUAUGGCCUGAAUACAACUAACAAGUCAGAAGUGAAUCCUGGGAUUUGGGCAGCUUCACUUGGAUCAGACUUCAUACCAAACUCAGCAAUAUCCAACAUCGAUUUUGCAUCAGUUCACGCAUAUCCAGACAGCUGGAUCCCACAUGCUGGUUUGGAAGAGAAAACGAGUUAUCUUUCUCAUUGGGUGGAUUCUCAUAUAAGUGAUGGAGACAUUGCGCUGAGGAAACCAGUUCUUUUCAAAGAAGUCGGCUCAAGUCGGCACGUGGAUGAGAAGGGAGUGUUUGACAGAGAUGUUUUGUUGAAAACAGUGUAUGAUAAAAUUUAUGAAUCCGCAAAGAAGAGGCGGGCUGGUGCCUUUAUCUGGCAGUUAUUAGUUGAAGGCGUGGAUGGAUACACUGAUAAAACAACAAUCAUGUAGGCUGCAAAGUAUUUCUGCAAAAGACAAAGAAAGCCUCAACAGAAUGAUCCUUGCUUCGAUCAGUUGUAAAUGAGAGGAAAUGAAACACAGCAACUGUAAUGUUUGAGGUGGGAAGAAGUUUUCGGACUUGAAGACGAGGUUUUAUACUGUUCUUGGUAUGGGAGGCUCACAAGAUAUACGCUUGAAAAGAAAGAUCAAAAAGAAGAAACUGUGAGGGCGAUUCAGGUUCUAUCAAUUCUAUCCAGAUUCAAGAGGAGGAAAUGGUCUUGUUUCUGUAUUCGAACAGAGUGAAUAAUUGAUCUAUGUGGGCACAUGUGCGACUCUAGACAAGGGCUCCUUCGUCCUUGCAGUAUAUAUUUACUCGAAAUAGAAAGAACAGAAGAAGAAGAAGAAGAAAGUGUGACAGUGAUCAAGGUUUUUUUCUUCUCUAAUUUAUAUCCAAAUGUUCUGACUCAAAUAUAUGAAAGAGAUGGACAUAAAUUAGAGUUUGUGCUUGCUGUAAGACUCUGUUUAGAAGUGCAGCUAAAAUGGAUGUUUGUGAAAAAAAUUAAAAAACUAAUUAUUAUUA